AUGAAGGAGACGGUGCUGCAUACGCACCCAAAAGUAAUCAAGCAAUUACAGUUCAGCCUCCUGUCCGCGCAGGAUAUCGUCAAACUCGGAGAAUUCGAGGUCACACAUCGUGAUUUGUAUACUCCAGCAGACAGACUUCCCUCACAGAAUGGGGUCCUCGAUCGACGUUUGGGCACCACAGAGAAAAGUGCCAACUGUGAAACUUGUGGACUCAACACCGUUGACUGCGUGGGUCACUUUGCGUACAUGAAGCUUGCUUUGCCCGUCUUUCAUAUUGGAUAUUUCCGCCAUAUCUUAACGAUUCUUCAAUGCAUAUGCAAAACAUGCGCUCGAGUCAUGCUGACCGAGUCUGCUCGUCGAGCGUUUCUGCGCAGAUUUCGGCGCCCUACCUUGGAGAAUCUCGCAAGACAGAGUCUUUGCAAACAGGUUCUUGCAAUUUCGCGCAAAGUAAACACUUGCCAGCAUUGUGGGGCCAUCAACGGAACUGUCAAAAAGGCGGCGGCUCUCAAGAUCGUUCAUGAACGAUUUCGGCAGAAAAAGCUUACAGAGGAAGCUGAGAAAUGGAGGCAGUCCUUUUCAAAUGCCAUCAAGGUUCAGAACGAUCUGGAUCGCGCUCUCAGUAUAAAGGGUGCCGAAGAACUUAAUCCACUCAAAGUGCUGGAUCUUUUCAAGCGAAUGACAGCAGAAGACUGCGAGCUAGUCGGGAUGAAACCCUCCCAUAGUCGACCAGAACACUAUCUCUGGCAAUAUAUUGCGGUUCCUCCCGUUGCAAUCCGUCCUUCUGUUAACCAAGAUGGGGCAAGUAAUGAGGAUGAUCUCACCACGAAACUAUCAGAAAUCGCAUUUGGCAACUCCUUGAUCAAACAAAGUCUCAAUAAAAGUACAAAUACAUCGAAACUCAUGGAAUUGUGGGAAUUUCUCCAACACUCGGUAGCCCUCUAUAUCAAUAGUGAUGCGCCCGGUAUUCAACAAUCGGACUCUAAACCUCUACGAGGGUUCUGUCAGCGAUUAAAAGGGAAACAAGGUCGUUUCCGUGGAAAUCUCUCUGGAAAGCGGGUUGACUUUUCCGGGAGGACGGUAAUCUCUCCAGACCCCAACCUUCGUAUUGACGAAGUAGCGAUUCCGGAGAAAGUGGCUCGGAUUCUCACUUAUCCUGCAAAAGUUACUGUCCAUAAUCUCGAGCAACUCCGCCAGGCUGUCCUCAGGGGCCCAGAUAAACCAGGAGGAGCAAACUUUGUACAAUCCGGGACCAGUGGCUUCAAAAAAUUUUUGAAAUACGCCGACCCGUUGGAUGUCGCCAAGAAGCUUCGAAUCGGCGACAUUGUUGAGCGCCACCUGAUCGAUGGCGACAUCGUGCUUUUCAAUCGCCAACCAAGUUUGCAUAGGCUUUCGAUCAUGUGCCAUCGAGCAAAAAUUCGACCGUGGCGUACAUUUAGGCUUAACGAAUGCGUAUGUGGCCCCUAUAAUGCGGAUUUUGAUGGAGACGAGAUGAAUUUGCAUGUACCGCAGACGGAAGAAGCUAGGACAGAAGCAUUGCAACUUAUGAGCGUCAAACUCAAUCUCGUUACUCCGAAGAAUGGAGAGCCAGUCAUUGCUGCGACGCAAGAUUUCAUUACAGCGGCAUUCCUGCUUUCGGGAAAGGACAGGUUUUAUGACCGUCGCCAAUUCACUCAGAUCUGUUCCUAUAUGGCAGACGCUCAAUCUCAUAUUGAUAUACCGCCCCCAACUAUUUGGAAGCCAAAGCAACUCUGGACAGGAAAGCAGGUUUUUGGCGUUCUGAUGCGUCCGUCGCGAAAAUCUCGGUCCUUUGUCAACCUAGAGACUCGGUGUCAAACGUAUCAAGCUCCUAAGGCAGAUCGGCUCCAUGGUUUUACGCCCCUCCCCGAUCUCUCGCCAAAUGACGGUUGGCUUGUCAUAGUCAAUUCCCAAGUGAUGUGUGGGGUUAUGGACAAAGCAACUGUUGGAAGUGGGAAAAAGAAAUCUAUAUUCGGAGUUCUUCUACGCGACUAUGGUCCUGACGAAGCUGCAAACGCCAUGAAUCGCCUUGCCAAACUUUGUGCUCGAUGGCUCACUAAUGUCGGAAUGUCACUGGGUAUCAAUGAUGUGAUACCUGGCUCAGAUCUUAGAACACAGAAAGAAGGGAAGGUCGAGGCUGCAUAUCAAGAUUGCCAGGAGCUGAUAGCGAAGGCAAAGCUAGGCAAGCUGGACAAUAAGCCCGGAUGUAAUCAAGAGCAGACUUUGGAAGCGAUGAUCUCUGACGUUCUAUCGAAAGUCAGAGGCGACGUUGGAAGCAUUUGUAUGCAAGAGCUGAGUCGACACAAUGCCCCGCUUAUCAUGGCUACAUGCGGGUCCAAAGGCUCGACAGUCAAUGUCUCCCAGAUGGUUGCUUGCGUUGGCCAACAAAUCAUAGCGGGGCACCGUGUUCCUGAUGGGUUUCAAGACAGAUCACUCCCACAUUUUCACAAAAGGUCAAAAGAUCCCCCGUCGAAAGGCUUCGUGCGAAAUAGCUUCUUCUCUGGCCUCAGCCCGACUGAGUUUGUCUUCCAUGCGAUCUCGGGCCGUGAGGGACUGGUGGACACUGCAGUCAAAACCGCAGAAACAGGCUAUAUGCAGCGUCGUCUUAUGAAGGCAAAAGACCUCACGACCCAUUAUGAUUUCUCUGUUCGCAACUCUCACGGUGGAAUUGUGCAAUUCAUGUAUGGCGACGACGGACUCGAUCCCGCGUCAUUGGAGGGCGAAGCGCAACCGCUUGAUCUCAACCGAAGCUGGAUGCAUGCAGAAGCCGUUUCGGGUCGUCACGGACGCUCCCUCUCACCAGCGGAAAUUAUCAACCUCACUGACGAGUUCGUGAAAGGGGACGAUUUUGCCAAGCAAUGCUCAGUGGUGUACGCACGAGCGGUGACAAACUUUAUUAGAGGCAUCUGUUCUCGUAUGGAGGCGAUAGGAAGACGUCAUAAUUUGCCCAAAACUCCGCAGGAUCAUACCGUUCUCAGCGAGUCGGUUCUCGUGUAUCAUGGUGACUACAUAGCCGCGGAGAACAAGUGCAAGGUUACCAAGCAGCACCUCGAGACAUUCUUGCAGAUCUGUAAGGACCGUUACUCUAGGGCGAAGGUGGAACCAGGGGCUGUCGGAGCGCAAUCUAUAGGCGAGCCAGGAACCCAGAUGACUUUGAAAACUUUCCACUUUGCCGGUGUAGCAUCUAUGAAUGUGACACUUGGUGUUCCACGAAUCAAGGAAAUCAUCAAUGCGUCCAAGACAAUCAACACUCCGAUCAUUACCACCAAGCUCGUAGCCAGUGAUAGUGAACGGGCAGCCCGCAUAGUGAAAGGAAGACUAGAGAAGACGUACCUCGGUGAUAUUGCCGCUGUCAUCGAAGAAGCUUGGUCCUCUGAGGGAGUUUACUUGGGGAUACACCUUGACUAUGAAGCUAUUCAAAAACUUCAGCUUGAGCUCACUCUCGAUGAUGAUAUUAUGAUCCAGCGAUCUAAACAGCGCCUCCGGAUCGAGAUAAGAGGGCCAGCAGAGGACAAAUUUUACGUACUCAAGAACCUUAAGCGCGUUCUACCAUCAGUUAUUGUCAAGGGUAUUCCGAGCGUCCAACGCGCCAUCAUCAAUAUCAAAGAGAAGGACGAUUCCAGAGGGAGAAAAGGAGAGAAAGAGCUCAUAGUUGAAGGGAAUGGGCUUCAGCAAGUUAUGACUACUCCAGGGAUAAUUGGAGAACACACAAUCUCCAACCAUAUCAUCGAGGUCGAGAAGGUCUUGGGCAUAGAAGCAGCGAGGCGCACAAUCAUCAACGAGAUCGAGUAUACCAUGUCUCAGCAUGGCAUGUACAUCGACCCUCGUCAUAUCAUGCUUCUAGGGGAUGUCAUGACAUACAAGGGUCAAGUUCUGGGAAUUACCAGGUUUGGUGUAUCCAAGAUGAAGGACAGUGUGUUAAUGCUCGCGUCUUUUGAAAAGACGACGGACCACCUAUUCGAUGCAUCUGCCUUUGGCAAAAAUGAUUCGGUUUUGGGCGUUUCCGAAAGCAUCAUUCUUGGUAACCCCGCGGCUAGCUGUGGAACCUCGAUAUAG